CAUCAGAAAAAGUGGUGAGACACAGUUUUUUCAAUGCUAUUACACGUGAAAUGCAUGCUGCAACAAGAUCAACAUGAGAAAACUCAAGUUUCACGAACAAAAAUUGUUGAAGAAAGUCGACUUUAUAUCAUGGGAAGUCGACAACAACUUGCACGAGGUGAAAGUGCUGAGAAAAUACCACAUUCAAAAAAGAGAAGACUACACAAAGUAUAAUAAACUCAGUCGUCAUGUACGUACAUUGGCGAAUAAGAUAAAGCAGUUGGACCCUAAGGACCCUUUCCGAACACAAUGCACAUCACAGCUCAUCGAAAAACUAUACAUGAUGGGUCUGAUCCCUACAAAGCGAAGUCUGGAGCUUUGUUCCAAAGUAAAUGCAUCAGCGUUUUGUAGAAGAAGACUCCCUGUUGUCAUGGUGAGACUCAAUAUGGCGGAGUCCGUGGCCAAUGCUGUUAGAUUCAUUGAGCAAGGACAUAUACGAGUUGGACCAGAGCUUGUGUUAGAUCCUGCGUUCUUAGUUAACAAGAAUUUGGAGGACUUUGUGACAUGGACAGACACUUCCAAGAUUCGCCAACAUGUUACAACGUACAACGAGAUGAGAGAUGAUUUUGGACCAUUAUAACAACCAAGUGCGAGGGUUGAUCUGUGUAUAUAUCGCCCACAGUUUGUUUCAAAACUUCUGGGCGAGACUGUGGACAAUGCCAAGAGCCCAACGACCCCAACAGAAUGGAAAUCUUCAAUUGAACUGAUCAUGUGGGGGGCUUGAUCAGGAAUGGAAACCAAUUUGUACUGAAUGAGAACAAAACAUGAUUUAUAUCCUGACAAAUAAUAUUGUUGUAGCUUUUGGUGACCUCUGACCCCUCCAAAAUCCUCUUCUGGAAGAUGUCUCAUUGCGGGGGAUUGAGGACUUAAGGGCUAUUUUAUUUAACAAUCACUUAUCACUGCGCUAGGCAUACCAAUCUUAACCAAUUCCAAACAUUUUUGGUGUUGAAUGAACAUAAAGUGGAAUAUAGUGGGGGAUUGGGGACUGUAGCCCAACUAUCAACUGCCUACAUAAAAAGGGAAAAGAUUUCUCCAUCUUAACAUAGUUUUUACUUUUGUUUUGGUAUUUAUAAAUGUAUGUUCAGCUUUUAAGACGUUAUUGUGAUGAAAACAAGAUAGUUUUGAAAUGAUGUCAAUAAAAAUAUUUGUUAACAGAAUACUUGUUUAUGAAAGAGUUUUCUAUUGCAUCACGAUUAUUUUAUGUAAUCAUUUGAUAGAUCACCACGCAUGUUUGAUAGUUGGAGUUAUAACUUCCCUUAUAAGAACCUGCCUUUUGAUUGGUUUCUAUACUGCAUCACACAUUUUAUUUUUAGUAGCAUUGUUAUGCGCUAUACCCACACAUCAAACAAUGUACUAUACCCGUUUCUACCAUAGCAACCAGUCUACUAUCCCCAUAGCAACAUUAGCUUCUUUGUACCUAGAAGUAUUGGUAAAUUAUAUUGGGGGUGUAACAAAACACAUUAUUGACUGUUUUUACUCAUGCUGUGGUUGAAACUGCCACUACCACGACCACUUUGUAGUUUUAAAGAUAAUAACAGAAUCCUGGCUGCAGGGGUAUAUUAACCACUACACUCGAAGCAGUCAAUGUUUGUAUAUCAGCUAGCUAUAUCUUCAAGUGUUUGGUUUUCUUCUCUGAACAUGCAUUGCUAUUAGUGCUUUAAAAUGACCAUGCCAAGUAGUCAAAACCAACUUUCAGCCUCCAACGAGUUGUUUAAUAACAUCAGUGCCUAUGCAUUGUUUAAUGCUCGGACAGCAGUGGAUAACAUUCUGAGUUGAUUAUUAUAGAUUUAAGGCACUGGACACGUUUGGUAAUUGUCAAAGACCAGUUCUCUCACUUGAAGUGAUUCAAUAACAAACCUGUGAAAAUUUGGGCUCAAUUGGUCAUCGAAGUUGCAAGAGAAUAAUACAAGAAAAAACAUCCUUGUUUCAUUGUGUGCUUUGCUGCAUAAUAAGAGGCUUCAGCUAAAGUCUUUUAUUAUUUGAGUGAGAAAUUACCCCUUUCUAAAAAACUACGUUACUUCAGAGUG